GUGCCGACGGCCCGGCAAACGCUCAGUCUUCAUUCCGUCUACAGACGCCGUCUUCGAAGCACGCCUAACAUUCUUCACGUGAAACGCAGUUUCGAAUCCCCAAAAUUCAUCUCAAUCGUCGGGAAAAUGAACGUAAAUUCACACUUGUUGGUGGAGAGAAAUUUCCCUCUGAAGUUUUAUCUCGAUGGGUUUGAGGUGCCUGAGUUUUUGCAGACAGCCGACAUCAUUCGAAGGUACGGAGGCCGUGUGACCAUUCCAGAUCGUGAGACUGUCGUUUUGUCUCGUUCAAACACCAUCUCUGGGGAAUACCCAUUGAAAUUCAAUCCUCAAUGGCUCUGGGACAGUAUUAACAAGAAUCAGCUUCAAGAUAUUGGAAAAUAUCUAAUACCAAGUGAUAAAGAUCCUGUUGAAAUACCCAUCGAUAAUGGAUUAAUUCAAAUUAAUACUAUGAACACAACAAACGAGGAGGAUCCAAAUGAGCAACAGAAGACUUUCAAAGACCCCAAUGACAUCCCUCUCGUCAUAAAAAGGAGGAGUUCUUACGAACAAAAGCCAGAGGCUGACAUGACCAACAAGAGACGUUGGUCAGACUCAUUCCCAAGGCACAACAGACAGCUUCGAAACCAGCGAAAGAACGUGCUUGAAGCUUCGAGGGACAUUUCUCUGGGCAGAGCCAGAAGCAGCUCUGUAGGAGCGACUUCAAGCAAGGACACUUCGUACAAGCCACGUGUUUGGACUGAGGCUGAGGAUCGAAAGGUCAUUCAGUACUUAAUCGAUCAAGGUCUGCUUGGCGAGACCAAGAGCUCGAGGGUCUGGAAGGAAUUGACGGAAGCAAAUAUCUUUGAUCAUCCUCGUUCAAGCCAAAGUAUACAAUGUCGGUUCCGCCGAUUUAUAUUGCCUCAACUCCACCGUUACUUCAAAGAUCCAAAGACAUUGAAAGCAUUCAUAGGGGAUAGCAAACCAUGGAAGAGACCAUAAAGAACUAUUCCACUCAUCGUCUUCGCCAAUUUUUUCAUUUAAUCUUCUUUAAUUUCCUCUCCAACUUUUUAUUUUUUAUAUCUGGACUUUUUCAUGACUUGAUAUUCUGUGUUUUACGACCUCAACGAUAAAAAUAUGUAACAUUUCGUGUAAUUUUGAAAUAAACAUUUUAAAAAUUUA